UCGUCGUCGCCUACUUCUCUUUCUCUCUCUCUCUCUCUGACCUCUGUGCUGCCAACCAGAAGUGAAAGGGAGACAGACGCAGAGAGCGAGGGGCGAAUCAUGAGUCGUCUAGCACCAUUAUCAGAGGAACCCAUAAACGAAGACGACGAUCAGCAGUGCCAUACCACCUCAUCGAACGGGUCGAAGAAAUCAGCUCAGAAAACAUGGCGGAAUUGGGUCAAGACCCACUUCUCUCUCCUCUUCAACAAGAAAUCGGACGAUCUCAGGAUCCUCUUGAGCGUUCUGGGUUGCCCUCUCUCCCCUGUCUCUCUCCAUCCCAAAUUACAAACCAAUGUCUCAUCCCAAGUCUCAUCAUCCGCACAAUACAUAAUCCAGCACUUCACGGCCGCAACGGGUUGCCGGAAACUAGACGGGACGGUGAAGAACACGUACGUUACGGGAAGAGUGACGAUGGGCAUGAUCGAUGAUCAGCUUGGCUCGGCUGGCGGAGCCGCGACAGGGGUCCCGCAAAAGGGCUGCUUCGUCAUGUGGCAAAUGGUGCCUAACAAGUGGCUAAUCGAGCUGGUUGUGGGUGGCCGCAAGGUUGUAGCCGGCAGUGAUGGCAGCGUGGCUUGGCGCCACACCCCCUGGCUCGGUUCUCACACCGCCAAAGGCGGUGUUCGCCCUCUCCGGCGUGCCCUUCAGGGACUGGAUCCUGUGGCUGUAUCAGAUAUGUUCUCCCUGGCACAAUACAUAGGCGAAAAACGAAUCAUGACCGUUGAUUGCUUCGUGUUGAAAUUGUCCGCUGAUCAGACGGACCUAGUCGAUCGAGGUGACAACACAGCUGAGACCAUAAAACAUGUCAUGUUUGGCUACUUCAGCCAAAGAAGUGGACUGCUGGUGUACUUGGAGGACUCUUACUUGACCAGGAUCCAGUGCCCCGGGGCGCAUCCUAUGUACUGGGAGACCACGAUGUUCACGGAAAUUGAGGACUACCGGACGGUGGACGGGGUGAUGAUUGCACACUCGGGACGGUCGAGUGCAGUCAUCACCCGAUUUGGGGAUAACUUGAAGGGGGGCCCGGCGAUCACGACGAUGGAAGAAGCGUGGACGAUCGAUGACGUGGCGUUCAACGUGCGGGGACUCUCGGGGGAUUGCUUCAUUCCCCCUGGAGAGGUACAGAGAGAUUAUCCACAAGAAUGAAUGGAUUGGAGAUCAACCUUCACAUGUGGCUGAUUAUAAUGGUUGAAUUUGUUUCUAAAGGGUGUUGAUUGAUUAAUAUUGAUAUGAAUAUUUUACUUUUACUAGAUUACUUUGACUUUUUAUUUUUAAUUUUUUUUGAACUGGAUUUCUUGACAACUAACACUUCAUUUUUGUGUGUAUAUAUUGGACAAGCAAUUUGCUUGAUGAGGAGUGAUAUUUGAUGAUUAUUUUUUGCUUUAUUA